ACACAAACUACUGCAGAGAAAUGUCACCAUUGUGGGAGGGGCAGAGACACAAACUACUGCAGAGAAAUGUCACCCAUUGUGGGAGGGGCAGAGGCACAAACUACUGCAGGGAAAUGUCACCAUUGUGGGAGGGGCAGAGACACAAACUACUGCAGGGAAAUCUCACCAUUGUGGGAGGGGCAGAGACACAAACUACUGCAGAGAAAUGUCACCAUUGUGGGAGGGGCAGAGACACAAACUACUGCAGAGAAAUGUCACCAUUGUGGGAGGGACAGAGACACAAACUACUGCAGGGAAAUGUCACCAUUGUGGGAGGGGCAGAGACACAAACUACUGCAGGG